CCGCAGUCGGUGUGCUCGCCGUUUCCACCGUUUGUCGCGUCUCCGCGACUAGCUCAUAAACCAUCCGCGUAAAUUCGCGCGCGGGACCGUUUGUGCUGCUGCGCCUGAUUGAAAGCGGCGGCGGUCGGACCGCCGCCGCCACUGUCGCUGGCUGUCGCUGCCGCGCGACGCGACGCGGCGCGGCGCGGCGCCCUGACGCGUCCGUCGCACGUGCACGCGUCCUGACGCGUCCACGACAGAGAAUAUCCGUGGGAGACUGGGAGUAUCGAUUCGUUUGAGAAAGACAGAAGGAACAUACAACACAAAGAGAGAAAGAGAAUAUAUAUCCGCUCCGCGUUUCGCGUGCGGUAGCGCGGCGUCGCGUCGCGUUGCGUUGCGUUGCGACGCGCGACGCCUCGGCGACACGCAAUUUCACAUUCGCGCCCGUCGGCACUGUCGGUGGUAGGCGAGACGGAAGAGAAGGAGGAGACCGGAGUAUAUCGGAGUAGGAGUAUAGACAACGGCGACGGCGGCGGUGGCGGCGUCACCACACGCGCGUACCGGGGCCUAACGAACUCGUGUGCUCGUGUGUUGUAACAACGAGCGUCGACGCCGCGUCACGCGGCGGUGUGGCCGCGCGAUAACGCAAACACGAGAGAGGGACGCACAGUGGCGGCCGGCGACGCCGUAACACGCAGCAACGUCACGUCCCCGAUGGUGAAGCUGCGCAAAGUAUUGCCCGACGACGGCGGCGGCAGCAGUUCCUCGCGGCAGCGACUGUUCCUCGCCGCGGCGGCAGAUUGCCUCGCUACUUCCGGCUAUGCGUCGCGCAAGGGAUAUCGAAGGAAGCUUACACGUGCAAAAGUGCUGAGGAUGCUGACGCCAAGAAGAGCGGAGGUAGGCCCCGAGGAAAUCGGGGACGGGCCCGGUGACAAGGGUACGAGCAGCGCGACGAGCGGCUCGGUCACACCAGGCGGUUCCUACGAAAACGGCGAUAACUCGAAGGAGUUCCUGUCGACCGGAAGGACCGGGAGGAGGAAUGCGUUACCGAAUAUCCUUGGUCGACACGCCGAGACUGGCCUUUCCGAUUUAUCAGAUCGUUUCGAGGAACUGUCCACUCACACAGAUCAUUCUACCAAAAGCGGGCAGGAUCCGAAUAUACCAAGCACCUCGAAACAACACGGCUGACAUGUUCGUGAGGCUUCGUAGCGGAUCUUGCUGUCGCGACAUACUGAGCCUUCCCAUCACCGAUGACGAUGAGGAUGCAAUGGAAGCACGUAUCGUUUCUGUGAACAAAAUCCUCGAACACUCUUUGACUCACUUAUUAACUGUUACUAACGCGAUAGAAUAUAUCGGAUAAUACGACUGACACGCAUAAACGAUGAAUUUAAUGACGUUUUGUCAUGUCUGCUAGGGAAUGUUAGAAAAUAAAAAUACGGGAAAUUGACAGAGUUUGAACUCAAAGUGAACUGAAGGAAAAUUGAAGGUUUCAAUUCAAGAAAUCGUAAAAUUGUAAAUUGUAAGACAGCUUUGCAGGUAUAUCUUACAAAUUAUGGAUUUAAUUUGUUUGUACAAUAUAAAGAAUUUUUCGAAUAGCUCUCAAAGGGAACCAAUGAUUUUUUGCCGUUAAGGUAAGAUCGACUUGCCUCUCGAAUAAAGAAAUACCAACAGGAUUAGUUUUGCCAGAAAAAGUCCAAUAGCUUUCGUGAAAUGUUAGAAUCAUGCACGUUUAAAAGUGAGAUAUGCUUUAACUCAUUAUCAGUGAAAAACGAAAGCAGAUAAAUAAAU